AUGAACGACCAUCAAAAAUCCAUGUUAAGCAAAUUUGGAAAAGAUGAUAUUUGUAUUGAUGAAACGCAUGGGAUGAAUUCUUAUCAUUUUAAUUUGACAACAAUCAUGGUUCUUGAUGAUUUAAGAGAAGGAUUCCCAUGCUGUUUUAUGAUAAGUAAUAGAGUUGAUGAAGUGGUCUUAAUAAUAUUUUUUUCUAAGAUAAGGGACAAAACUGGUAUUAUUCAGCCCAAUGUCUUCAUGUCAGAUAUGGCUGAAAGUGUUUAUAACGCUUGGGUUGUUCAAAUGGAACCACCGAAACAUAGGCUCUAUUGUACUUGGCAUGUAGAUCGUGCCUGGAGAAAAAAUUUAAAUAAAAUUAAAAACAAGACAAAACAGGUAGAAAUAUAUAAAGUAUUACGAACAUUACUUGUAGAACAAGAUGCUGAGGCCUUUAGUAGAAUGUUCGACAAUGCUAUAAAUCGAAUGGCAAAAGAUGACGAAACUAUUAAUUUCUCAAACUAUUUUACUAGUUAUUAUGCUUCAUCUGUGCAGUCAUGGGCUUAUUGCUACAGAAUACAUGCUGGAAUUAACACAAAUAUGCUUAUUGAAAGAAUGCAUCGGACUCUAAAGCAUAUUUACUUACAAGGCAAAAAGGUGAAGCGUCUUGAUAAAUCUCUGCAUGCCUUAAUGAAAUAUACUAGAGACAAAUCUAUUGAUAGGCUUAUUGUGUUACAUAAAGGUAAAAUAUGCUCAAAAGUAAAGGAGUUGCGCAAAAGGCAUAAGACAAGUCUUUUAAUGUCUCUAGAAAUGGUGCUUGAAAAUGUUGAUCACAAUAAUUGGAAUGUGUUAUCAGGAAAAACUAGUGAAAUGUAUGAGGUGAACAAUCUCAAAUCCAACUGUGACUGCAAAAUAAAUUGUUCUGAUUGUCAGUCAUGCAUACAUUGCUACUCAUGUUCCUGCAUAGAUAGUGCAAUAAAACGGAACAUGUGUAAACACAUACAUUUAGUCUGUCAAUUCCUGAAAAGAAAGAAUAAUGAAAAUAUAAUUACUAAUAACACACUCACAAAUUUGGAACGUACCAAUGAAACAACUAUCAUUGUGUCACAGUUAAAUAAUUCAACCAAACCAUCAAACGAUCUUGCUAAUGAAAAAGAUAAAGUAAGAUUAUAUUUUAAUAAUAUUUUAGAUGGGAUUUCUAGUUCAGAAGAACUGGGCAUUUUAAAAAAAUGUCUUUCUUCGGUUACACGUACUUUAAAUGCGUUAAGAAGUAAUGCUAAUAGUCAACCAUUUAAGAGUUUGACACCGUCUCAUUGCCAAACAUCACCAAACAAAUUAAAAAUAACUCCUCAACGCCGUUUUCAUUCCACUAAAUCUAAAAGAAAUGUAGAAAAAACCACAUUGAACAUUGAGGUACCAAACCAAGUAGAGCAAAAUUUUAUAGCUGCAUCUCUAUUAUUGGAUGUGGACCAAAAUGAAGACCUACCUCAAUAUAAUUAA